GGUCAGCCUGGCCCGGCCCUGGGCUGCCAUGGCUCAGACGGUGAUACCGUUCGUGAGGGGACCCGAGGACCGGCAUUUCUUCACCAGUUUCCGGGAGCAGGACAACGCGGCGUUCGCCCGCUGGAGCCCGGACGCGGCGGCUCCCGAGGAGUUGUACCCGCUCGCCCCGCACCGGCAUGAGGUGCAGCUGCUGGACUCCACGUCCGGCUUCAUCAGCCCCGGAGCCAGCGCCGACAGCGGCACCAGCAGGAUCCCCAACCUGGCGUUUCACAGAGAGCCGGGCGGCGAGUGCCGAGCACACACCGCCAUCCCGGUGGCCGUGCAGGAGACAGGCGAGAGCCGCCUCUGGAACUCCAGAUCCGUGUCCGCCGCUGCUAUCCGAGCCAGAGUGGGAGGUUGGACAAGUCCAGUUCGAGUGACCCCAGCACCGCACUCAGCUCCCAGUUCUCUCAAAACUCAUAAUUUUAACUUCAAUGUGGAUUCUCCAGGUCAGCCUUCAUAUGAUGGAACAUCUGAAAUUACAAGAGAUGCAAAAGCAAGAAAAUAUAUGUACUCAACCAGCAUCCAGAGGAGUUAUGAGGAGGUUAAUUGGGACUGUAAGUUGGGUCCAAAACUCAAACCAGAAGAUGCAACACAGGACAAAAUAGCUGACCCUGUAUCACGACAUGCUACUUUAAAACGAUAUGAUUCAAGCCCUCAUAUGUGGCAGGCUGUAGGUGGACACGGACACUGGGACAAAAGUCAGUCUCGACCCUUCAGUGCUGCAGCUAAACCAAUCAACUUUACAAGCCUUUUCCCCAAAAUUCAUCAAAUCCCACUGUACAGUGGUUCUGUUGGUGGUAAUAAUCUAGAGAAUAAAGAUAAUCCUUAUGCUGAAUUUACCCCCUUCACUGUACCACGAACUGAAAAGCCACGACAUACAGAUACAUCCUAUUGCCCAAAUAUACCUGGUUAUACAGGUAAAAGACAAUGGAAUGUCAAAGAAACUAACAAGUCCAACAUUUCAAGGUUAUUUCAUCCACCUGCAGAACGUGUAUGUGGAAUUCCUCGUGGCACUGAAAAGCCAUUAAAAUAUAGGCACGAAUCCCCCUUUUCGAAGAUGAUGACGACAGUCUCACCCUUCAAUCCCUUUAACUCAAAAACAUCCAAAGCGAUCCGUUUAUAAAUAAAUAAAUAUAUAAUUAUGU